AUGACAAGCAAUAAUAAACAAACCACAAACAUGAACGAUUCAUCGAUUAAUCCGAUUUUAUUAUCUUCAGCAGCUCAUCUCGAAAAUGUUGAACAACUUAUAAAAAAUCUCGAAAAACAUACACUCGAUAUAGAUAAUUUUGAUGAAAUAUUAAGUGAUCGUAAUCGACAAGAACUUAUAACAAAAUCAUUUUCAGCUGUUACCUCACAAACAAUGGCUAUUGAUGAUAUAUCAGAUGAUAAUUUUCUAGUUAAAAGUAUUUCAUUAACAAAUAAUGCAAAUACUACAGGUGGUUAUAAGGAUGAAAAUUUAUCUAUGGAUAGUCUUUGGAAUCACCGUGAUUUAUUCGAAAAUGAAGAUAUGAAAAAACAACAAACACCACCAGCUAAUGAUCAAAGUUUAUAUAAUGAUCAAGAAGGUGGUUUUACAUGGGACGAUCAAUAUGAUACACGAGCUAAUUAUCGUUUAACAUUUAGUACUGAUAAACCACCACAAAUUGAAUCAAAAACAGAUAGAUCUCAUCGACUUAAACAUCAUCAUCGUCAUCAACAUCAUCACAAACAUCGACUAGAUUCACAAUCAAGUUCAACUUAUUCUGAUGAUGGUAUAUCUCCAAAUGUAGCAAAUCAUAUGAAUGAUUGGUCAAUGCGUUCAUCAUUCAAUGCAUUAGAACAAUCUAUUGAACAACGUGAAAAUAAAACACCAAUACCACCAACAAUGGAUCAACAAGCAACAUUUGUUCGUUCACAAUCUCAUCCAACUUCAUUUUCUCCUCAACAACAAUUACCAAAUAAUAAUAACUCACCAAAUUCAUCAACAUCUUCAUCAUCAUCAGCAUCAUGGAGACGUAUGAAAGAAAGUCAACGAACAACAUCUGGUAUGGAACCAAAAGAAACUCGACCACCAUCACCAUUAAGUCUUUAUAAAAUCUUUCAACAAAAAUCACAAUUGGCUACAUCAUCUUCAUCACCACGUAGUGCUUUUCAAUAUUAUCGGCAACAAAGUGAUUCAACGGUUCCGAAUAAUAUUGAUAGCAUGACAAUAUCAGGUGAAAAAAUGAUAACAGAAAAACCGAAAUCAUCUCAUUAUCAGAAAAGACAAACUCAUACAGAUAGACCAUCAUCACAAACAAAUUCUAGUACUGAUCAAGCGAUACAAACAUCUAUUAUAUUAGAUUCUUCAUCAAACAGUCCAAUGAACAGUCGUUUUCAACCUACACCAUCAAUAAAUUAUCUCCAGACAGUUAUGGCAUCAAACUCGCCUCAUCAUCUUGCCGUUCCUCCACGUCCAUCACCAGUACCUAUCUCAUCAUCAUCUAUUCAUAAAUCUCUUCCUGAUCUUGCUUUUAUUUCUCAAUAUUCAAAAGAAUUACCUCGAUCUCGUACUACAUCACCCUUACCACCAACAUCAACUCCAGCUAAUCCUUCACUUCCUAUCAAUACUAACUAUAUGAUAUCAUCUCCAACAGUAACUCAACAACAACAAAAACAAGAAAGUGAACGACCACGUACCCUUAAAUCAAUAAAACGUUAUAAAAACAGUAAACAUUCAACUGAACCUUUAGGGGUUUUUUAUAGUCCACAACUCCGUAAGACAUUUGCCGCCGUGCCAGCAUCAGCAGUUAUUAAUGGAUCAAAUGAAGCGCCGACAAUAAUUAAAAUGAAAUUACCACCACCUUCAUCAUUUCCUAAAGGACAACAACAAACAUCAAACCUUAAAUCUUGUCUGAAAUAUGGACCAAGAGCGAAUUCAUGUGAUAUUCAAGCUAUGUUGCAAGACAGAAUAUCACCAGCACCUGCAUUAACUAUUCCUCAACCAACAAGAGAUAAGGAUUCAUCAUCUCCUACAACAAAACGUCGUUGUUCAGAAGCUGAUGUUCAAGUAGGUCGUCCUAAUUAUCUUUGGCCAUCGAACAUGCCCAGUACUUGUUCAUCAAAUAAUAUAAAUAAUUAUGUUUUACAAGAUUUUUCUCAUGAACGUUGUUCUGAUCAUGAUCUAACAUCAUUACAACAACAAAAUCAAACAAAAAAAAGUGUUAGUUUUUCAGACAAUAUUGCUAAACAUCUUAUUUCACCAUGUAAUCCAGCAAUUCAAUUUGAUCCAGCACCAGCACAACUUGCUUUCAAUGAUAAUACAACAUCAAAUAAUGAUAAUCUUGCUGUAGCAUUACAUGGAAAUCAAGAAAAUUUAACAAGAAAAACAACAUUACGUUAUGGUGAAAUGCGUCGAUGUCAAACUGAUAUUAUUGUUGUCGAUCGUAUUCAUCAUUUGCAUUCAUUUACUGAAAGUCCACCAAAUGAAUUUCGUUUACGAGAAACUGAUAGUCUUGCCCCAGAACAAGAAGAUGAAGAUGAUCAAGCUAUUAUGGAAAAAACUCAUGUGAAUAUUAUACCAACUGUCGUUGAAUCUUCUCUAACACCUGUCAUUAUUGAUACUAAUGAAUCCAAUCGAACAAUGGAAAAAAUGACAUCUUCAAAUGAUAAAGAAAAUACAAUUCCUGAACAAGCAUUAAGUAUGAAUGUAUCAACAACAACAUUAAUUGAAACAAAUGAUCCAUUUCUUGAUGGUCUUUUAGAAAGAGUUAGUAGUAUUGUAAAGCGUAUAUUCGAAAUAAAAAGAUCAGGAAAAACAUUUUUUCUUACUAAUGAAAAUAAUAUUCAGUUUGAUACAUUACUUAAAAAUGACUUAUGUAUAACUCUGCAAAACAUUCUUGAACAUGGUCUUAAAUCACAACGACGAGAUCUUCCAUUAGUCAAACAAAUUAAUUUGUGGAAAAUAAUUGAAACAUCGAUUGAUCAUGGACAAGCUCUUCAAGUAUUUUAUGAAGCUAAACAAAUUGCUCAGAAUGCUUCAGUUAAAAAUGAACUCAUUAAUUGGCUUUAUCAUUUUAUGAAACAAAAAGAAAUUCUUCAGCGUUAUUAUCAAUUGCCUGAUGCUCUAAUGCUAACAUUUACUCCAAUAACAUUUAAUUUAUUUGAUCGUAUAAUGGCUCAAUUAGAAAAACUUUCUCCACUUGCUUUUCGUUUAGUUUAUAAGCCCGAAGCUAUUCCAGCAAACAUUGAAGAACAAUUAAAUACAUCUACAAUUAGUAUACAGUCAACUAAAAGUAGUGCACGAGAUUGGGUUAUGACUGUGUCAAGACGUGCAUCAAGAAAUUUGACACAACCAAUUGUUCAACCCGAUAAUAUCACUACUGCUACUGCUGCUACUACAAACACAACUGCUGAACCAACUGGUACAUUACGUUCGACAUUAUCGCGUAAAAUAAAUUCUUUAUUUACAAAAACAAAUCCAACACAACCACAACGAAAAACGUCUUCUGCAGUCACUGCAAAAUUACCAACUUCUAAACCACAGACAGUAAGAACACAGUCGCCAGCAGCAGCCGCAGCAGCACCUCCAGUACGUCGACAACGUCCAUCAAAUGCAUUUGUGAAUGCAACAGCUGCAGCAACAACAAAUAAACCAGUCAUUGUUUCGAGUCCAAAAUUAAGUAAUGGAAAUAGAACAGGUUCAAUAAGACGAGGUAUUUCACCAUCUGUUGUUAUUGCACCAUCACCACCACCGACAUUAAAUACUACUGGAACAACACCAACAACUACGACAGCAUUCCAAUCGAAAAUUCCACGUCCAUCCUUAAAUGUUGAUAAACCGAAAUCGGCCCGGUAUCGAUCUACGGCACCUCCGCCCAAAUAA